UGCUUCACCUUUCUAUUCUGACGAACAUUUCUUCCAGAUUUCUUUUCAACCAUCGGAUACUUCGAUCCAUCCCUGUACUACUUCUCUUGAAGAUUCGAUCGUUGAGGUCUUAGGAUCUUUCAAUGGCCGUAAUACUGGCUUCUCAUGGCUGCUAUUGCUGCCAUGUUGAGUUGAGGGACCAAGGAAAAGCAAUAGAUGGUCUGAGUUUCUCAGGAUCAAUAUCUUCUCUAAAGCUUGAUAAACUCACAAGGCUUGAGUAUGAUAUUCCUGCACACAAUAGGUUUUUCAGGUUUCGGGUGAAUGGACAACAGACAGAAUCAUCCAGGAGGUUUGGUACUAAUGGUCAAGCUGCUAAAAUGGUACCCACCAAGGAAGUAAUUACAAAACAGAAGAGGUCUUCUAUAAAUAGGGGAGAGACAGUGAAUGGCUCAGCAAAACGAGUUGUUAACGGCGCAAGCAUAGUUAAGAAAAAAAAUGCUUCAGCUUUGGUUAAGGCUCCAAAAAUUAGGGGCUCUAAAGAGCUUCCAUUUACAGAGGAGCUGAAAGUUCUGCCCUCAGACGAAGGUUUCAGUUGGGCCAAUGAAAAUUAUAGUUCCUGGCAAAGGACUAUAGAUGUGUGGUCGUUCGUUCUUUCUCUACGUAUUCGUGUUCUUUUAGACAAUGCAAAGUGGGCAUAUGUUGGAGGCUUCACAGAAGAUAAGCAAAAAAGUAGAAGGCAAGGAACUGCCUCAUGGUUGCGAGAAUGUGUGCUCCAACUUGGUCCAACUUUUAUCAAACUUGGACAAUUAUCCUCAACCAGGUCUGAUCUAUUUCCACGAGAGUUUGUGGAUGAGCUUGCCAAGUUGCAGGAUAGAGUCCCCGCGUUUUCACCAGAGAAAGCUAGAGAUUUCAUAGAAAGAGAAUUAAGAGCUCCAAUUGAUGCAUUUUUCAAGGAGUUUGAAGAUAGGCCAAUUGCUGCAGCCAGUCUUGGUCAGGUGCAUCGAGCCAUUUUACAUAAUGGAGAGAAGGUGGUUGUGAAAGUUCAGCGGCCCGGUCUCAAGAAACUUUUUGAUAUUGAUUUACGAAAUCUGAAACUAAUUGCAGAGUAUUUUCAGAGAAGUGAAACACUUGGUGGUCCUACAAGGGAUUGGAUUGGUAUAUAUGAAGAAUGUGCCACGAUUUUGUAUCAAGAAAUUGAUUACAUAAAUGAGGGUAAAAAUGCUGAUCGGUUCCGCCGGGAUUUCCGAAACGUAAAGUGGGUUCGUGUACCUCUAGUGUUUUGGGAUUACACAGCCACAAAGGUAUUGACAUUGGAGUAUGUUCCAGGCACCAAAAUCAACAAUGUGGAUGUGAUCGAUGCGCAGGGGUAUGAUCGUUCUCAAAUUUCUUCACGUGCUAUUGAAGCAUAUUUAAUCCAGAUACUAAAGACUGGCUUCUUUCAUGCGGAUCCUCAUCCUGGAAAUCUUGCUAUUGAUGUGGAUGGAACACUCAUUUACUAUGACUUUGGCAUGAUGGGGGAGAUAAAAUCUUUCACUCGGGAAAGAUUGCUUGAUCUUUUCUAUGCAGUUUAUGAAAAGGAUGCAAAAAAGGUAAUGCAAAGACUGAUAGAUCUUGAAGCUCUCCAGCCCACGGGAGACAUGUCAUCGGUGAGAAGGUCUGUGCAGUUUUUCUUGGACAAUUUAUUAAGUCAGACACCAGAUCAGCAGCAAACUUUGGCCGCAAUUGGUGAGGAUUUAUUUGCAAUAGCCACAGAUCAGCCAUUCCGCUUCCCCUCCACAUUUACCUUUGUAAUAAGGGCAUUUUCAACCCUCGAAGGAAUUGGUUACACGCUAGAUCCAGAAUUUUCCUUUGUGAAGAUUGCUGCACCUUAUGCACAGGAGUUGUUAGACUUGAAAGAGAAGCAACGUUCUGGAACACAACUUGUGGAGGAGAUAAGGAGACAAGCCAAUGAUGCUAGAACGUACACCAUGUCCAUGCCAUACAGAGUCCAGCGUAUAGAGGAAUUCGUGAAACAACUUGAGUCAGGAGAUUUAAAACUCCGAGUGAGGGUACUUGAGUCAGAAAGAGCUGCUCGAAAGGCAACCAUACUUCAAAUGGCUACUAUUUAUACAGUUUUUGGUGGGACCCUGCUAAAUAUUGGGAUCACAGUUGGCAGCCAAGGUAGCCAAGUAAUUGCGAAUGGAUCAUUCAUUGGAGCUGGUGUUUUCCUCACACUAUUAAUUAGGUCCAUGCAAAGAGUGAAGAAGCUUGAUAAAUUUGAGAAGAUGAUUUAACUCUUUUGCAGCAAGCACAAGCACCUCUCUUACCUGUAUAGUGAAUCUAAAUUUUCUGUUCCAAUUAUUUAACAGUGAAAUUGUUUGUUGGUGUGUGCAUGCCGUCCACACAAAUUGUAAGGCUUGUAUGGGGCUAUAGGGCAUGUUUCUGCACUAUUGUUAUGUCGGAAUCAUUUCCCAGCACCCAAAUUGUAAGAAAAUGAAUUAUGUAAAAGAAAUUUUGUAAGAAAUUAUUUGGGAUCUAAUAAAGGUUCCAGAACAGAAAAUGAG